ACCCAAGGAGGGAAUAUACAUCUUUCAAUGUAAAUGGUGGGCUCUCCUUAACCUAGCCGUUGUAGCCUCCAACGGCCAAAUACAACCUGCUUUUAUACAUUCAAAACCUCCAUGGCCUCCUCCUCAGCAAAUCCCAUCUCAAGCAAUUCAAGCAUCAGAGUAUCAGACCCAAAAAUGGCUUCCUCUAAGCUUAGAAGCUCAUGUUCUUUCCCAAAUCUUCUCCUCUCAUGCUUGAAUUUCACUCUGUUCAUCCUCUCCUCAGCCUCUCUUGCUCCCACAAUUCUCCUCAGAAUGCCUCCGACAUCAAUGGGCAUGGCAUUCCUCAUGGUCCCUUUCAUCUCCAUGCUCUCUUCUUUUGUGGGCUUCUACUCUCAGCUCACCCACUUCUGUUUCGUAACUCACGUUUCACUUCUCCUCGCCUCUGUAAUCGGGCAACUACUCAGCAUUUUGGCCUUGUUUACAGAAGAGAAAUCCAGCCUUUCCUUGCUCAAGUCGACAAGGGACCCGAAAGAGGCAAAGCUUUUGGUGAGAUUGGAAUGUGGGAUUUUGAUGGCAAUGUUUCUGAUGCAACUGGUGGUGUUGGUAUUGAGCUGUGCAGUACAUAGCUGCUGGGUGAGAGAAUAUGAGGGACUAGAAGCCGAGAGAGAGGCGACGGCGAGGAAGCGGAGUAGGAGGAUUGCGAAAGUGCAAGAGGAAUCCAUGGCCAAUGCAGCCAAAAUUGCAGAUACCAAGGCCAAGGAGUUGGACGAUAAAAUGAAGGGCAAGUAUGCUCAGUGGGUUAAGACUGAUUUUGAAGGCCAAGGCUGAUGCACUUGUUGUGUUGCUUUAAUCAUCUUUAGAUGGUACAAAUUAAGAGGGUGUUUCGUCGUUUGUUACUGUUUUUUGGGGUCACUUUUGUUGUGGCCAGCGAUUGUGUUGUGGUGCAUGUGAACUGUGAACCUCGGAUUCGGAUCAAGAAAUUCGGGCAGUAUUCCGAGAGAGUGAAAUCUCUCUCAUUUCUUGUUCAAA